AGCCACAUUCGGAGCCCAACCAUAGCUGCCACUCCUGGACUGGAUCCAACCCUCGCUAGGCUGGCCGGUCUCAGGGUUAAGCUUUCCGGAAAGUGCGGACUGCAGAGAGAGCACAACAAAUCGACUCACGCAGCAGCUCUACUGGCCGCGGAAAGAGGGCUUCUUCCAUCCGCUCUCUCCCUCUCUGCCUUCCAUUUUGUCGCCGCCGCUCGCUUCUCCUGUUACUUUUAGGCUAGGGCGGCACCGCCGCUAUAGCACCGAAGUGGUUCUUUCGUGUAGCAACAACAGCGGUAGCAGCAAUGGUGAGACUGACGGCGGAUUUGAUAUGGAAGAGCCCGCACUUCUUCAAUGCCAUCAAAGAGCGAGAGUUGGACCUUAGAGGGAACAAGAUUGCAGUCAUAGAGAACUUGGGUGCCACCGAGGACCAGUUUGACACAAUCGAUCUUUCUGACAAUGAGAUUGUCAAGCUAGAGAACUUUCCUUAUCUGAAUCGUCUUGGCACUUUGCUAAUUAAUAAUAACAGAAUCACUCGUAUCAACCCUAACAUUGGAGAAUUCUUGCCAAAGUUGCAUACCCUGGUCCUUACCAACAACCGUCUGGUAAACUUGGUGGAGAUUGAUCCCCUUGCAUCUCUUCCAAAGCUGCAAGUCCUCAGCUUAUUGGACAAUAAUAUUACAAAGAAACCAAAUUACCGGUUAUAUGUGAUCCACAAAUUGAAACAACUACGGUUGCUUGAUUUCAAGAAAGUAAAACAGAAGGAGAGGCUUGAAGCUGAGCAUUUGUUCGCAUCGAAAGAAGCAGAGGAGGAGGCCAAAAAGGUACCUGCAAAGACAUUUACUCUUGGUGAAGUUCCAGAUGUACCAGAUGUUUCAAAAUCAGAGGCCCCUAGAGUCGUUGCCCCCACUCCAGAGCAAAUUACAGCCAUUAAGGCUGCAAUUGUAAACUCUCAGACACUUGAAGAAGUAGCAAGACUUGAAAACGCUCUGAAGUCUGGUCAAAUUCCUGCAGAGUUUCAGAUUCUGAACAAUGAUGUAUGCAUGGCUCCAACCCAUGCAAAAGAAGACAAAAUGGACAUGGAUGGUCAGAAUGAAGUCAAUGAUGCUCAAGAUCAGAAGGAAACUGAAGAUCCAACACCUUUAGAGGACUGAAGUGUUUCUACCAGCAAUUCUGUUGAUGGUUGUUCUUCCUCGCAAGUUGACUGUUCCAAAGGGGUUCAUAGUUGAUUGUAUCUGAAGAUGAAGUCAUAUUGUGUGAAGCUGUGUAUCACAAUUUCUUUUUUCCUAUUCUACAACUAAUAGUAUUCCAUGUCUUCUUGAUUUGUGCUUGGUCUCAUUAUAUGACACCAUUCACUUGAUACUAAUAGGUCUGCUGCAUCAAAAUAAAACAAUUCUGAAUGAAAGAUGAUGUGGUAGAACCAUCAACUUUGGGGUCAACACCAUAUCUAUGAAAAUAGAAAUGACUAACAGUGUUGAUACUUGAUAAACUAUUGAUUACAUAGAAUUUCCUCCUUUUACGUU